UCUUGUGCCUAUAAGCCAGCGUCAGAAGUCCUGGCCUUACAUCUUCCCUGUGCCAAAUAUUUCUUAUGAAGUGGAGCAUGUACUUGAAGAGGGAAACAGUGCCUUUGCAACUUCUGGAAAGACACUGAAAUUAACCAGAUCCCAAAAGCACAACAUCUUGGAGAACAUGGCUGCAGUGAUGUACAACUUCAAACCUUACCCAAGUGACAAUGAUGUGGGUAUGGCAGCUGAAGCUCUUGUUACAUCUCAUCCUUGUCUUAAAGAGCCUGGAAGUGUGAGUGGAUGGUAUGGAUGGAAAAUGAGCCUGAAAUUUAAGAUGGGGGAUUAUCGUGGCAAGCUGUCAAGAUCUGGAUGUUUGGAGGUGUCUGUCAACGCAGGUAAAAGGAGCAAAAAUAACCCUGACAAAGAUCACCCACACUCCAACAUAAAACGAGCCAGACGAGCUGAAGUUAACUUCCUUCCAAACUUUCCCAAGGGAGAAAGUCAGGCCAGUUUGGAAGAAAUGAGACUGCAGAUUAUGGACGAAGUUCAGAAGAGUCAGCAAAACCUACGCUUGAUAGAAAUGCUAAUGCAGAAGACCUUUGCCCUUCGUCGCCAGGAGAUAAUUCAGGAAAAUCCACAGGUGAAGGACUUCUUGGGGAAAUGGCCGGCUCUUCGGAUUGAAUCACAGCUUUGUGCUGAGUUCCAACGCAUCACAAAUGUCAACCUACGGAACAAGUUCUAUGCUGUGCUUGACCAACAUACACCUGGACUGAUGGCCUUGUAUAGGCAGAAGGCGGCACGAACCGGAAAGAUAUCAGAGGCGCUGCGUGACAUCUUUAAGAUUUAUGAUCUCCAGGUGAGUUAAUGAACUUUGAGCUUCAGGUCCCACUGGACAGCAGGGCCUCAGGGUGUCAUUGUCUGUCCAACACUUUGCCAAAUGCCAUGAAAUUUGGUCAGAACAUCCACACUGAAAGAAGAAUGAAAUCUGUACUUUUCAUUUUUGCUUGUUCUUCCAGGAAGUGCAGGAUGUCAAUAUGAAGCGUACUGUAGCCCUUCGUGCCCUUCCGGUAUACAUGCGUGAGGAGGACCCACAGUUCUUCAAGACUUGUAAUGUGGAGGAGUCAGAUGAGCCAUGCAUCGACACUCCUGUUGCUCUUGUCACAGUCACAGAGGACACUACAGAUCCAGU